AUGACGUGGUGCUGAGGCGCAGGAAGCCGCAUCCUCCAUUAAAGCGUCCUGCAGUCAUUGUGUGAAGGCAGCUGUCAAGGCGAACAGCGCCCCCUCCUGGAACAUACGUGUCAAAAGGCCUGCAGUGUGGCUGACCGUCUCACCUGUCCCUCUGCAAAAGUCAAAGAAAACACUUCACAGGAAAGAUGAGCAGCUCAAGAAAACGAUCGAAAGACACGGAUCAAAAGUCGAAGAAACCAAAAGUGACACCGACGCAGACACUUCCUUAUUAUGGUCUGCAUAAUCAAGGCGCCACGUGUUACCUCAACUGUGUCCUGCAGGUUCUCUCCAUGACAACAGAGAUCCACGACAGGUUGGAGCCCAGAUCGCAGAUCAUAGAUCAACAGCUGAAAAACAUCUUUAAAAAGCUGAAGGAAACACCGUGCCAAACAGGAAACCUCACAAAGAGUUUGGGGAUAAAGAAUGUUCUCCAACAGCGGGAUGCUGCUGAAUGCCUGGAGUUGAUUUUAAAUAAAAUCAGCCCGCAAGCGUCUGAGGUGUUCCAAGGACAGCUGACAUACACAACCAAAUGCUGCAGCGGCCACAGCAUCAACGAGGAGACAAAUCCAUUCUGGACUCUCCCACUGUCGCUGAAGGACGCCCACGAUAAAACCUUCAGCGUGGAAAGUGGCCUUGAAAAGUUUUUCCAUCCUAAAUCAUUCAAUGGAGACAACAUGGUGUACUGCAACGAGUGUGAAGAGAAAACGGAGGCAGAAAGUGGAUGUGAGAUGGUGGCAUUUCCUCAGAUUCUGACUCUACUCCUCAAGAGAUUUGACUACGUCAACAUGAAGCAUGUCAAAACUACCUGCAGCGUGGAUGUGCCACGUGCAUUACAGAGAAAGGAAAAGAGGUACGACCUGUACGGGAUGGUGAACCACACGGGCAGCCUGAGAGGAGGACACUACACAGCCAUCCUCCUGUCCAAUGAGGACCACACCUGGUACGAGUUCGACGACACUCGCGUCAACAAGGUUGAGGAGCAACCAUUUGCAGAAACUGGGACUUACAAUUCCAGUGAUGUUUAUCUGCUCGUGUACAGAGCCUCAGGGAGUCUGAGAGUCGAGGGGAAAGAACCGGAAAUGGAUCGACGGAGAGACGCAAUCAAUUUAGAAGAAAGUCGUGAGAAAAAAAAGAUGAAGAAAGAUGCAAAAUAUAAACAGGAAGUUCCACGUUUUCCCGAGUCCAGGAUCCAAGAAGAUGCGUUGGUCCUUCAACAAAUACAAAACACAAGCAACUCCAGUCGACGACAAGCGGACAGAAGCGCAGCGGAGGAGAUGAUGGAAAAAGGUUGCAAAAAUAAACCCGAUGAGAAUUCUCGGCCUCGCUACAAGAUGCAUCCUCUUUGGAUUUUACUCAUCGUUAUCGUUGUUAUGCUAGUUGUGGCACUUAUUAUUGCAUUAGCAAUAAUAUAUUACUAG